AUGACCGCUGUCCCCGGGGCCUUCCGCACCUCCCGUCCUCUUACCGGGGAUCACCCAGCCCUGCUCCACGAGCACCUGGCCGAGAGGUGUUGGGGCCCUGCCCGCGGCAGGCCGGCCUGUCCCCUGCGGUGCCGGGGUGGCAGCGGGACCGGGACAAAACUUUUUUGCUGGACAUUUGAGAAAAAUCACAGGGAUUUCCUGAUGCAGAGCAGGCGCCCCUGGUCGCCUCCCCUGGCCUUUUCUUUUUGGAUGGAACAAGAAGAUAAUCAGGGUGUGUGUGAGCAUCAGGACUCAGAAAUUCACGGAAUGGGCUCUGAUUUUGAGAAUUCUGAGGACAGGGAAGGAGACCCAGAAGAAAUAAGCAUGGACUCUAAUGCAUGGGAUUCCAAGGAGAGAGACCACCUACAGCCAGAGAUGGCCUCAAACCUACUGCAGGAAGCUCUGGAGGAAGAACUAGUGCCUGACAACUGGACAGGGAGGCGCCAGCGGGAAGAGCGCCUAGGGGCCCCGAGGACGCCUCCGGGACCGUGGAGGCCCGCCCGCCCGCCCCGGAGCCCGGGGGCGGAGGAGGAGGAGGAGGAGGCCCGGCCACCGCCCGUACUCCCCUGGCGGCGCCAGCUGUCCAGUCGGCUGCGGGGCGACCGGCCGGGCCCGCGCCGCUUCCAGCGGCCGCAGCUGCCGCCGGCCGUGGUGGACCUCGGGGAGCUGGACGGCCUGGUAGCCGGCAUCCUGGACGCCCCCACCAUCUGCCCGGACUGCGGGGAGAGCUUCAGCCCGGGCGCGGCCUUCGCGCAGCACGAGCGCACGCACCAGCUUGCCGAGGCGGCGGCGGCGGCGGCGGCGGCGGAGGAGGAGGAGGGGGAGGCCGGCCUGGGGCGCUUCAGCCUGGCGGGGGAGUGCGGCGCGGCGGUGGGCGUGACCAGUGUGGCGGUGGGCGCGGCGCUGGGCGUGGCCGGUGCCGCGCUGGUGGGCGUGGCCGGCAGUGUGGCGCCAGCGGCGCCGGCGCGCGCGCGACCCCCACGGGAGAAGCCCUUCCACUGUGGUGAGUGUGGCAAGGGCUUCAGCCGCAACACCUACCUGGCCAACCACCUGCGCCUGCACGCGGGCGAGCGGCCCAACCUGUGCACCGACUGCGGCAAGAGCUUCAGCUGGCGCGCCGACCUGCUCAAGCACCGGCGGCUGCACACCGGCGAGAAGCCCUACCCGUGCCCGGAGUGCGGCCAGGCCUUCAGCCUCAGCUCGCACCUGCUGAGCCACCGGCGGGCGCACGCGGCGGGCGCGGGCACGGCGGGAGCGGGCGCGGGCACGGCGGCCGCGCGGCCCUUCGCUUGCGGCGAGUGUGGCAAGGGCUUCGCGCGCCGCUCGCACCUGGCCAACCACCAGCGCGUGCACACGGGCGAGAAGCCACACGGCUGCGGCGAGUGCGGCAAGCGCUUCAGCUGGCGCUCGGACCUAGUGAAGCACCAGCGCGUGCACACAGGCGAGAAGCCCUACCUGUGCUCCGAGUGCGGCGAGGCCUUCAGCGUCAGCUCACACCUCUUCACGCACAAGCGCACGCACUCGGGCGAGCGCCCCUACACAUGCGGCGAGUGCGGCAAGGCCUUCGGCCGCAACUCGCACCUGGUCAACCACCUGCGUGUGCACACCGGCGAGAAGCCCUUCGGCUGCGGCCAGUGCCCCAAGCGCUUCGGCGACUUCUCCACGCUCACGCAGCACCAGCGCACGCACACGGGCGAGAAGCCCUACGCCUGCGCCGAGUGCGGCAAGAGCUUCAUCCAGAGCUCGCACCUCAUCCGCCACCGCCGCAUCCACACCGGGCACCGGCCGCACCGCUGCGCCGCCUGCGGCAAGGCCUUCCGCUACAAGACACACCUGGCGCAGCACCACAAGCUGCACCUGUGCUAGGU